AGCCGGUAUGGCUUUUCAGUCAAAUAGGAUUCGAUUAGGAAAUCUAGUACUACCAUUUGGAAAAAAGAAAGACGUACGACAUAGAAAAUUUUGUGAAAAAUGGCUUCUGCCAGAAAUGUGAGAAGAUCUACGCGAAUAAAAUCUCGCGUAAAAUAUACAGAAGUCAGUGAUGAGGAAACAUUCAUUAGCAGUCCACAAACUAAUAUAUUGAAUGCUGAGAUAGAAGAACAACUAAAAGAUAUCGAAGAAGAUGUACAAAAACCACUUGAAUUAUUUUCUGAGAAGGAUGUAAGUGGAAGAAAACUAUAUGGAUUUCAAACACCAACAAAAAGAAAUAGCAUGAUGAUUAAAGCCAAUCAGUGCCGUACACCUGAGACUCCAAAAAGUUUUAAAACACUUCCAAUCUUAAAAGUCAUUCUUGACAAAAUUAUCAUAAACCCUGACAAUCAAACAACUAAGAAGGAUAUCAAAAUAUCUCGAAAACGAUAUUUGCCCAGUGUAACUUCAAGUGGCAAUGAGAGCGUGUCAGAAGACAGCGAAUAUAUACCUUCAAAUGAUGAAGCCAGUUUAGAAUCUUCUGAAACUUCUGAUAAAAGUGAGAGUAGUGACAAUUCUGAUGUAAAUCAAGAAAAUAAUAUUAGAAGGAAAGUUAUACAAAAAGUGAAACCUUUAUUGAAACGUGAGGUACGAAGUACACCUAGGAAAACAGGAAAAGGAUGUAAAACUGUUGCUUAUAAAGAUUAUCACAUACAAACUGACGAAUAUUUUGAAUCUCAAUCAGAAAAAAUAAUUACAUCUGAUCGUACAUUAGAAAGACUUAAGAACACUCGUCUCACAAAAGAAUCACUAGGAAAGUUAUUAAUAAAUCAAAAUCAUAUUUCUACGAUACACAAAAAUCGUAUUUGUUCAUUGACAGAAAAUUGUACAUCGUUUUUUCCUAUGUGGCAAUUCAUAUUGGAAGAAGGUUACAGUCUGCUACUUCAUGGAGUAGGUUCAAAAAGAAAUUUGAUAAAUGAUUUUCAUAAUGAGAUUAUAGAAGAUUAUCCAACAUUAGUUAUAAAUGGAUUUUUUCCUAGUUUAACACUAAAAGAUAACUUAUAGAAACAGUUAUGGGAGAUAAUCCGGAUGAUCGACUUUAUUUAUUAAUUCAUAAUAUUGAUGGAGU